AUGGCCACAGCUGCCUCUAAUCCCUACAGCAUUCUCAGUUCCAGCUCCUUGGUCCAUGCAGACUCUGCAGGCAUGCAGCAAGGGAGCCCAUUCCGAAAUCCUCAAAAACUUCUCCAAAGUGAUUACUUGCAGGGAGUUCCCAGCAAUGGGCAUCCCCUCGGACACCACUGGGUGACCAGCCUCAGUGACGGGAGUCCCUGGUCCUCCACCCUGGCGAGCAGCCCUCUAGACCAGCAGGACGUGAAGCCAGGGCGAGAAGAUCUUCAACUUGGCGCCAUCAUCCAUCACCGGUCGCCUCAUGUUCCCCACCACUCACCUCAUACAAACCACCCCAAUGCCUGGGGAGCCAGCCCAGCUCAUAACUCCUCGCUAACGUCCAGUGGGCAGCCCAUGAAUGUCUAUUCUCAGCCUGGCUUCACGGUCAGUGGCAUGCUGGAGCACGGGGGGCUCACCCCGCCUCCCACCUCGGGCCCGACCCAGGGGCUGCAUCCCGUGCUGAGGGACACGGCGGAGCACGGAGACCUCGGAGCCCACCACUGCCAGGACCACUCGGACGAAGAGACCCCGACGUCGGACGAGUUGGAGCAGUUCGCCAAGCAGUUCAAACAAAGGCGCAUCAAGCUGGGCUUCACGCAGGCGGACGUGGGCUUGGCGCUGGGCACCCUCUACGGCAACGUCUUCUCGCAGACCACCAUCUGCAGGUUCGAGGCGCUUCAGCUGAGCUUCAAGAACAUGUGCAAGCUGAAGCCCCUCCUGAACAAGUGGCUGGAGGAGGCCGACUCGUCCACCGGGAGCCCCACGAGCAUUGACAAGAUAGCGGCCCAGGGCCGGAAGAGGAAGAAGAGAACUUCCAUAGAGGUGAGUGUCAAGGGGGUCCUGGAGACGCACUUUCUGAAGUGCCCCAAGCCUGCCGCCCAAGAGAUCUCCUCCCUGGCCGACAGCCUGCAGCUGGAGAAGGAGGUGGUGCGGGUCUGGUUCUGUAACCGGCGACAGAAAGAGAAAAGGAUGACCCCGCCCGGGGAGCA